GAAAUGCAAGGAGAAAAUUUCACCAUUUGGAGCUUUUUUUUCCUGGAAGGAUUUUCCCGAUACCCAAGGUUAGAGAUUGUUCUCUUCGUCUUCAGCCUUGUAAUGUAUCUGAUAACCCUCUUGGGUAAUAGCACUCUUAUUUUAAUUACCAUCUUAGAUUCACACCUUCAAACCCCCAUGUACUUGUUUCUUGGAAAUCUCUCUUUCAUGGAUAUUUGCUACACUUCUGCUUCUAUUCCUACUUUGCUGGUGAACUUACUGUCCCCCCAGAAAACCAUUAUCUUUUCUGGGUGUGCUGUACAGAUGUAUCUGUCCCUUGCCAUGGGCUCCACAGAGUGUGUGCUCCUGGCCGUGAUGGCAUAUGACCGUUAUGUGGCCAUCUGCAACCCACUGAGAUACCCCAUCAUCAUGAACAGGCAGGUCUGUGUGCAGAUGGCCACUGUCUCCUGGGUGACAGGCUGUCUGACUGCCCUGCUGGAAACCAGUUUUGCCGUACAGAUGCCCCUCUGUGGGAACCUCAUCGAUCACUUCACAUGUGAGAUUCUGGCAGUGCUGAAGUUAGCUUGCGCAAGUUCAUUGCUCAUGGACAUGAUUAUGCUGGUGGUCAGCGUUCUCCUUCUGCCCAUUCCAAUGCUCUUAAUUUGCAUCUCUUACGUCUUCAUCCUUUCCACCAUUCUGAGAAUCAGCUCAGCAGAGGGGAGAAACAAAGCCUUUUCUACGUGUGGUGCCCACUUGACUGUGGUGGUGUUAUACUAUGGGGCUGCUCUUUCUAUGUACCUAAAGCCAUCUUCGUCAAACUCACAGGAAAUAGACAAAAUUAUCUCAUUGCUUUAUGGAGUGCUUACCCCUAUGUUGAACCCCAUCAUUUACAGUUUAAGAAACAAAGAAGUCAAAGAUGCUAUGAAAAAACUGCUGGGCAAAAUACCAAUUGCAUCCAACAUGAACGUCUCCAACUGA